UUGUUAUUAUUCCGACAUAAAGUUAUUUCUAGUCCUCAAAAGACUGACAGUUUUAGUGAAAUAGGAAAAAUAUUUCCUGCUAAAUUGAUAAGUUGGAAAAAAAAAAAAAUUUUUUUUUUUAUCAAAAUGAAAUAGUUAAAUAUCGAUUUACAUAAUAAUUAAUCCUGAUUUAUGUAUUAAUUAUACUGAUAACAAUUAGUGACAAGUGAAUAAAUUUGAAAAAAAAAAUGCCAAGUACGUAUCUCUACGCAAUAAAUAAUGAGGGCAGAGUAUUUGGAUUAUCAACUUCCGGCCAUAUGUGGCGUGAAUUUACAUAUCUUGGGUUAGAAUUUAAAAGGCUGUCAGCAGUUCCGCAUUUUAUGUGGGCGAUUGGUGGCGAUCGUCAGGUUUACGUUCACGUUCAUGGCUUAGACAUUCCGAUAAGAAUAAAAGAAGAAACUUAUGAGAACGAGCGAUGGCUCCCGCUGGAGGGUUUUAGCGGCCGAUUGUUGCCAACAGACAGGUACAAUUUUUCAAACGCUGAUGGAUCAGUCGACAGAUCGCGUGAUAAAGUAAAACUUCCAUCAAUGGCGUGGCAGUGGGAAGGAGACUGGAAUAUCGAGACUACUUUAGACGGACAGCCUCUGGAUCAUGACGGCUGGACUUACGCCGUUGAUUUCCCAGCGACUUUUUCCACAAAGAAGCAGUGGAAGUCUUGCGUGAGAAGACGCAAGUGGGUGAGGUAUCGGCGUUACAGUGCCAUGAAUUCCUGGUGUGCUAUAGCACCUCUCCAUAAAGACCCAACGAAAGAACCUUUCAUAGACGUGGCCAUCGGUGGCACUCAAAUACCAGGUGGCAGUAUCGGGAGUCUCGUCGUCUGGGCGGUAACAGCUCAUGGGCGAGUGAUGUUCCGUGUCGGGGUGAGUUCAACGUCCCCUGAAGGACAACGUUGGAGUGCCAUUAAAUUAUCUAAUGGUCAAGAGGUAUCACAAGUUAGCGUCGGAGUGACGGGAUUAGGAUGGGCUGUACUUACUGACGGCAAAGCUUUAGUUAGAACUGGUGUCACUCGGGAAAAUCCAAUGGGAGAAGAUUGGAGUCAAGUAGAGCCACCGCAAAAGGAUCUCCGUCUGAUACAAGUCAGUGUAGGCUGCGACGCUGUCUGGGCUGUCACUAACGACGGCAGUGUGUGGUUUAGAAAAGGGAUUAAGGGUGACAUGAGUGGUAUGUGUGAGCAAUUAGCUACAGGAACCGGGUGGGUCGAAAUGGGCAGUAAAAUGGGCUCCGUUUCAGUGGCUCCAAAUGACCAAGUCUGGGCAAUCGGCUACGAGGACAGAUGUUUGUAUUACAGAGCUGGAAUAACGCGUUCAGAAUUGACAGGAAAGAAAUGGAGAUCCCUGACAGCUCCUCUGCAAUUAAGCAGAGCAAGUAGUAGUGCUAGUUUGUCAUCAAACAAUCGCCACAGCAUGUGCGGAACUCCGCAGCAGCAGCGUCAUCAAAGUUGGAGUUCUCUGAACAGACCUCAGAGCACUGGGGAAAGCACUGCUCUGAUCCGCGACUGGGAAGAACAGUCCAGAUCAGCGCCGACUCCCACGUCUUUGAAACUGUGGCAGAAGAAUGAAGCGAGUGGAUCGAAUGGAGGAAUCUCUCAGCAAACUUCCUUCCAGGAGAUGUUCAAUGCCGAUGAAAAAACCCGAUCCGCUGGUUCAGUUAAUUCAGAUGCUGAUUCCGCGGCGAAUAUAACCAUUUCUAACGAGUCUCUUUCGCACAGCGGAGAGUCGACAGUAGUUUCAGGCAAGGGAAUGAGCAGUACUGUCAAAGUCAACCCAGCGGCUUGGAGUCCUGUGCACUCUGUUGGCUCUAUGGUCGGUGUUGAAGCGCACCCGGAAACUGACGGCAGUGUUUUCGACCCCGACUGGACCGGAGAGUCUGGAGUUUAUGGUGAAGACGAAAGCACGGCUGCUAUUUAUUGGGCAGAGUGCGAUGUCCUCUGGUGUAAAGUUGAAGCUGGUGCUUGCUUUGUUGAUUGUACUAACCCUCCUAAGUGGAUUGCUGAUAACUUCGCUUCGAAUCACGGAGAGACUGCUGAGCCCUGGAGGAUUCAUAUCCUUGAAGAAUUAAAAAAUAGAAUGAAGGAUGUCAAUUUUGACAUGUCGACUUGCGAAAAAGCCAUUGAGAGAUCAUCUUGGGUUAAAAAUGGAGAUGCGAAAUGUAAAUUAAAAGGAAGCAAUAAUUAUGAGGACUGUGUGAUAGAACUCGAGUGGAUAAGUAGCGACGGCGGUUCACUAGACUUUGGCACACUGACAGUAUUGAAUGCUGACGGCGCGACGACGGUAAUGCAGUUUCCAGUGACGGAAAUAGUGUGUGUAGUUUGCUGCAGCGAACCAGGGAGUCCAAGACUGGCAAUUCACACCCCGCGGUUACCAAAAUCCAAAGUACUUAGACUCCAGUUUGCCAGCGACACUGAGCUAGAAGACUGGAUAAGUCACAUAACGUCUGUUACGUGUAAGACAAAUAACGUCUACGGGCGACCGGGUCCCAACUCCAUCUGGUCAACGACUGCUCUAGGCGACGUGUUUGUCUACGACCCAGUUGUCGCAGAAGCGAAUCAACUGAUCGACGAUACCUACUCCCAGGAGCUUGAUAUCUCCAGCAAAGAGUUGCCGUUUGAAAGUAUUCUGCACAACGGGUUCAGUCCAGGUCAUGCAUUGCACAUAUCAGUGUGCGUCCACGAUGACGCCGACAGACUGGCCUUCAAUCUUGUCUGCCAUAUGGCGACGGCGAUGAAGUACAAGGCCGCCAAUGAUUCUCAUGACAUAGCAUUCCACUUCAACCCGCGUUUGAAAGAAAAUUUGAUUAUAAGGAACACGUACCAAAACGGACAGUGGGACGAUGAAGAAAGAGCAGGCGGAAGUCCACUGAAACCUGGUACUGAUUUUUCACUUAAAAUAAUCUGCGAGCAAAGAGGCUACCGGAUAUUUAUUGAUGACAAGGAAUACACAUUUUACUGUCACCGAAUACCACCAGACAACAUCACCCACUUGAGGAUAAAAGGACUCAUGACUCUGCAUUCAGUAAUUUAUAAAUCGCCUUCGGUGAUAAUCGAACCGACGUCAAUGUUCUGGAGACAAAUGGGCGGUCAUCUGAGAAAAGUCGAAACCUGCACCGCUGGAAUAACCUGGGGGAUUGGUUACGACAACACUGCCUGGGUAUACACCGGGGGUUGGGGUGGAACUUUUCUCCGAGGACUUGGCACCAGCAAUGCUGACAUCAAUUCAAUGACAGACACCCAUAAUUAUUACGUAUAUGAAAACCAACGAUGGAACCCAGUAACCGGUUAUACCUCGCAUGGUUUACCAACAGACAGGUAUAUGUGGAGCGACGUUACUGGUCGCCAUAAACGAACGAGAGAACUCACUAAAUUGCUGUCCAUGCACUGGAGAUGGGUGUCCGAUUGGAUAAUUGACUUCCACACACCCGGGGGCGUUGAUCGCGACGGCUGGCAGUACGCGACAGACUUCCCGUCGCAGUACCAUGGGAAAAAAAAUUUUACUGACUACGUCAGGCGACGAAGAUGGUUCAGAAGGUGCUUGUUAACUACCAGUGGACCUUGGAAAGAACUUGGGAACACCAAAAUUAUUGACGUGUCUUUGUAUUCACCGGAUAACGUUGGACCCGAUGCUCCAGUUGAAGUCUGGGCAGUUGCCGCCAAUGGUGAAGCUCUCUACCGCCGUGGAGUCUCUGAGUCUUGUCCCAUGGGAGUGUCUUGGGAACACAUACCCAGUGAUCAAGCUCUCACUGGAAUAUCUUGCGGUCCUCUGGGCCAAGUCUGGGCCGUUGGUAAAAAUGGAUCUUCUUACUGGAGGUUCGGAAUCACGAACUCAAAGCCAAUUGGCGAAGUCUGGACCAACGUUGAACCCCCAUCCGGAGCUCAAUUGAAGCAAAUCUCCGUUGGAAAAAAUGUCGUCUGGGCUCUAGACACCGCGGGGAGACUUUCAGUUCGUCGUGAAAUUCAGCCGAAAGUUUUCCCUGAAGGAACUCACUGGCAAACGUUGCCCGCGAUGCCAAAUGACCCGAUUCACAUCGACCUUUCUGUCGUCGCUGCCAAACAAGGAUUCCGUCACGUGUCUGUUUGUCGAGAGUCCGGCAAAGUCUGGGCUAUUUCAGGCGCUGGUAUCGUCUGCCGUAGGAUUGGAGUCACCAGUGAAAAUCCGGCAGGAACUGGAUGGACAACAGGCAUUGGGGCCAAUUGGCAGCACAUAAGUCUCGGAGGUUUUACAGGCGGUAAGAAAAAUUAAACCGUUACUUUACAGUAUUUUAUUUUUUAAAGAGACAAUGGGGCUGAGAUAUUAAUUUACAUAAUUGGUUUAUAAAAAAAUGUAGGCCUAUCGUAGAUACUAGUCAUUUAAUUAAUUUUUUAAACUUAUGAUGAUUACUUAAUUGCCAUUAUUUAUUACAAUUUAUAUCAACAAAUGGUCAUAUAUUUAUAGUUCAUUUCGUACAUUCCUUAUCUAAGUUUUAAUGUAAAGUCAUUUUUUUUUAAUUAAUAUUAUUAAUUAAUAGACAAAAAUUUAGGUUUCGAUGAAUUAUUUUUAUACUAUUACUGCGAAAAUAAAACCAAUUAUAUACAUAUAUAUACUCUGAAUUUGAAAUCUGAGAAUUAACGAAAUUUUUUCAACAGAAUAUAUAAUAUAUUAAUUUA